AUGCCCGAACAGCUUCCUUUCCAUGAUCUCCGAAUCGAGGAUGCCAAUAAUAGUAGUGUGCGGAGUAUCCGUACGGAGUUUCUCAUUUCCCAUCUCGAGUCCGCGGAGAACGACCCGAAGCGCAGCUGUGGUGACGGCGAUUCAGCGACAUCGGCGGGCAUUACCUCGAAGGGGGACGGCGAUUCAAGAGACCAGAUCCCUUUAGGGCGUUCAGACGGGGGGUUCCUCGGAGCAGCCGGUUUCCGCCACUGGCCUGGGCUUCCUGCUCUCUCCGCCGAUGACCUUUUCCCGGAUUCCUCUCGGGCCGCCCCGAAGCAAGGCUACCGGAUUGUGGUUGAAUGGCCUGAGCUGAUCAUUUCUGCAAACCUAAGCCAUGGUAACUACCAUAGCCGGAUGGGUCAUGAUUUCUCGCUCAGAGCUCGUGGCGUGGUCAUGAUCGAAGUGUUUCCACCACUCCCACCGAGGCUCGGGAGCGUGACCAAGCGUGAACAAGGGUCGGCGCGAGAAAACCAUCGAUACCUCGCCCGUGUCCCAACAAUUGGUUUCUCCAGAUUAUUUACGAAAGUUAGCAAAGAUUAG